CAGUCAGAACAUACAACACGAUGAAUCACAAAGCCAGAAACUGGAACAGCUGUGCAAGGAAUGAAAGUUUAGCAGAAAAUUAUGUACAAGACAGCAAAAUGGGGUUCAUCAUCAACGCCAUUUAUGCCAUGGCCCACGGAUUGCAUGACAUGCACAAAACACUCUGUCCAGGUCACUCCGGCCUCUGUGAAGCAAUGAAACCUGUUGAUGGCAAAAAACUCCUACAGUUUCUAAUAAAGACUUCAUUCAUUGGAGUUUCCGGUGUGGAAGUGUGGUUCGAUGAGAAUGGAGAUUCUCCAGCAAGGUAUGAUAUUAUGAAUCUUCAAAUGACAGAGAAUGCUAUGUAUGACUAUGUUAACAUUGGGACAUGGUACGAAGGGUUGCUGGACAUUGACGAUAACAAGCUUCAGAUGAACAUGACUAAGAUGGUACGGUCUGUCUGUAGCGAGCCAUGUACAAAAGGUCAGAUCAAGGUCAUUCGGAAGGGGGAGGUGAGCUGUUGCUGGAUCUGCACAAGUUGCAAAGAGAAUGAGUACAUGCAGGAUGAGUUCACAUGCAGGGCCUGUGAGCUGGGCUGGUGGCCGAAUGCUGACCUCACAGGUUGCAAGAGGAUUGAUGUGAAGCACUUGAGCUGGAGUGACGUGGAGUCUGCUAUCGCUGUUGUCUUCUCCUGUUUAGGGAUCCUAGCCACCAUGUUUGUUACCCUUAUCUUCGUGUUGUACAGGGACACUCCAGUAGUCAAGUCUUCGAGCCGCGAGCUCUGUUACAUCAUCCUGGCUGGCAUCUUCCUGGGCUACAUCUGUCCAUUCACGUUGCUGGCUAAGCCAACCUUGGCCUCCUGCUACUUUCAGAGGAUCCUGGUUGGGCUUGCUGCUGCCAUGUGUUAUUCUGCCUUAGUGACUAAAACCAACCGUAUUGCUAGGAUCCUGGCUGGCAGCAAAAAGAAGAUCUGCACUCGCAAGCCAAGGUUCAUGAGUGCUUGGGCUCAGUUGGUGAUCGCUUCCAUCUUGAUCAGCGUCCAGUUGACCAUAGUAGUCACACUGUUGAUCCUCGAGCCCCCUACCCCUGUCCUCUCCUACCCCAGCAUCAAUGAGGUUUUCCUAAUCUGCAACACAAGCAACCUGGGUGUUGUAGCCCCUCUAGGGUACAACGGGCUUCUCAUCAUGAGUUGCACCUACUACGCCUUCAAGACAAGGAACGUUCCUGCAAAUUUCAAUGAAGCCAAAUACAUAGCCUUCACCAUGUACACAACCUGCAUCAUAUGGCUGGCCUUUGUCCCCAUCUACUUUGGCAGCAACUACAAAAUUAUCACCACCAGUUUCUCGGUCAGCUUAAGUGUGACAGUGGCUCUGGGCUGCAUGUUCACUCCAAAGAUCUACAUCAUCAUCGCCAAGCCAGAGCGCAAUGUCCGUAGCGCCUUCACCACCUCUGAUGUCGUGCGCAUGCAUGUGGGCGAUGGGAAAGCCGCCUGCCGAUCUAACAGCCUGCUUGAUAUGUUUAAGAGGAAGAAAACUGUGUCUGGCAAUGCAAGUUCCAAUGGGAAGUCUGUGUCAUGGUCUGAACCAGGAACUGGACGGCCAGCGAAAGGACAGCACAUGUGGCAUAGACUGUCCGUCCAUGUGAAGAGCAAAGAUGUUGCAUCUAAUCAGACAGCUGUAAUCAAACCCCUGACUAAACCAUACCAGAACCAGAUCAAAAACCUCAGCUUCUCAGAUGCAAGCACAAAAGCCCUUUACAAUGUUGUGGAAGAAGAUGAAAGUGAACCAUUGAGACUCGACAUUCCCAAUAGUCCAGAAAUGAUGUUGCAGAGACGAGCAAUGUCUAUCACACAGCUUAAAGAAAUGGAAGAUCCCCAGUUCUUCAUUUCUGAUCAGUUGCAAAAAGAUGUUUCUUCACAACAGUCCAUAAUGGAUCAGUUGCACGGAGUGGUCAAUACAUUUACAACUAAUAUGACUGAUCUUAAUUCAGUGCUUACUGUGCCCGUGCCAGUGCCUGGGAAUGGGGUGACGCCAUUGUACCAGCUUGACGAACAAGUGCUCCCACUUCAGAUGACUACCUUCAAUCCUCAACCCAUCUCACCUGUUGAGGAGGAGGAGGAGGAGGAGGAGGAGGAGGACGAGGAGAGUGAAAGGUUCAACCUCAUUGACGACUUCAUUUAUGACAACACUGAGCACCAGGAGGAACUGGUCGUCCCCAACAAACUCAUGUUGGAGGACUCUCCAGCACUCACACCUCCAUCCCCCUUCCGAGAUUCAGUGGCAUCAGGCAGCUCCGUUCCCAGCUCCCCCAUCUCUGAAUCAGUGCUGUGUACCCCACCCAAUGUAACCUAUGCUUCUGUCAUUCUGAGAGACUACAAACAAACUUCCUCAACUCUCUGAAGAUUUAAGUCAUAUAAUGAGAAGUUGUAGUUUGCUGGGGAUUUCAACAUGAAAUAUUCAAGGGGGGAAGGGGGAGGUGUGGUUGGGGGCACAUGCAAUGACUAAGUUUUCAAACAUUUGAAAAUUAAAAAGGAAAACAGUUUAUUAUCCCAGUUGUCUGUACAGUCAAGAUGCCUGUAAUCAUGUGAUUAGAGUUCCCUUGCUAAGUCCGGGAAACAUCUAGAUUAUGUAGCAACUCAGAACAAUAGUUUCAGAAACAUUAUUGUAGAGGUAGGCAUGUUAAAAUAUGCUAUUUUAUUGCAUACUUCUUUCAUUUCAAAUAGUUAUUGUAUUAUAAUUGUUGGGCAGUCUGAUAUUUCACUUUGUGCCAACUUCCAACUGUUAAUACCAACUGUCAGGUGAACUGCUGUGUUAGUUAUGUGCGUAUGUUUAUUGGGUAGCAAAGGCUGUAGCUUCUUAUUUGCAAAUCAAAACUGGGUCAACAAGAUCAACUCAUCAACAAUAAUCUGCAAUGUGUUCAAAUCCUGGAGUUCUUUAUUCCUCACAGUUUGCCUCACCUGUGACAAGCAACCCAUUUAGGGUGGGUCACCGUGUAACAUUUAUAUCUGCUACCUAACAGAAAAUGGUGCUUUACCUGCUUUUAAAUACAAAUGGCACCCUGUCACAAGAGGACCUGUUAUUCUUGCUUCCUCCAGAAAUAGGGGCGAUAAGCUCUCCACCCAUUACAACCAUUUCUUGAGUGCUUCUUCCAAACCUGAGGAAUGCCACAGUAGUAUAGACAGGAAUUGCUGGAGACAUGCAGCUGGUCUGGUAACAUCGGUGGAGAGAGAAACAAGUUGAAGUUUCGAGUCCAAAAAUGACUCCUCUUCAGAAACUUGUUUGAAAUGCCACAGGAAGUUGGCUCUUGUUGAGAUGCUUUCUUUCAUACUCAGUGUUGGAACAGUAGGAUCUAUUGAUGAAACAAAGCUGUGGUUGCCAGAUGCAUUGGAAAAGCUGCAGAAUCUGCAGUUUUACUCUCUGGAGAGCAAUGAUUAUAAAUAAACUUCUUCUUGAGAUAUUUUGUGAUAAUGAACAAUCCAUAAGAUUCAGAAUAUGGGCCAUGAUUCAGGCUUGUCACCUUUAUUUUCUGAAAUAAAUAACUCAGCAUUGAUCUACUUUCGGGAUGAACUUGAGGUAAAACCAGGGAAUAGCUUUGAAUUUUCGGCUCUGUUUUUUUUGGAAGAUUCCUUUGGCAAUCUUGCACAAAUGGUUAAAAAGCAACAUGAUCUAUGGUGUGCAAUAGUGAUAGCAGUGGUCAGUGCUUCUUAUGUAAUUUCCAUCUCAGGUACACAAACAACCAACGUAUCGUUAAAUUCCAACGCAUUUGACAAAGAAAGAUGCAGUUUUUGUUCUCAUUUCUGUUUCAUUGUUUCUAUUUUCUGUCAAUCUUAAUCAGUCUGACAAUCUGAAACUUGUACUUAGUGCAAAACAAACAUACAUUUGUAGAUAUACUUUCUAAGUUUGAAACUGCAACAUGAAUUUUGCCCAGAAGUACUUUGUGUUUUCAAAUAUUCUGCAACGUAAAGCUUGAAGUGUAAAUUAUAGAAAUAUUCUGCCUCUGCAGCACCCAAUUUCUCAAGCAUGAAGUGGCAGGUUAUUUUAAAAAAACACUCUUAUCCCCCUAUCCACAAUCUUGUGUUAAACACUUCUGAGAUCAUCUGAAACAGAAACAGAAAAUGCUGGAAACAUUCAGCAGGUCACACUCUUUGUCUCUCCACAGAUGCUGCUUGACCUGCUGAUUACUUCCAGCAUCUUCCAGUAUUUCAGAUUUCCAGAAUCCACAGUAUUUUGCAAGGUAGUGAUCAUGAUCCCCAUGUGGUACAUCACUAGAUUCAACACCUACAACAUCACAUUUUAACCAUUUACAGAUGCCAGCACCUAGGUUCAGUUAGUAGCAGUAACACCUCAAGGACAGAAGAUUGACUGAGAGAAUUAAGCGCAUGAUCUAGGCUGACAUUCCAUUCGAUAUGAGGGAAUCUUUCAGAUGAAAUAUUAGACUAAAAUCCUUCCUAUGUGUCCUUUCAAGCUAAUCUAACAAUCCCUGCAGUAUUCAGAAAAGCAGGGGUGUUCUCCUUAAUGACACAGCCAAUGCUUAUCUCUCAAUCAACAUCAUGAAGAACAGUCAUCAACAACAAUUGAUAUUCGUAGGAGCUUUCUGGACACAAAUUGGUUGUUGUGUCUCUGACACUAGCAUAGUCAAUACUUCAGGAAUACUUCAUCAUCUGUAAAGUAUUCCAUGAUGAUCAGAGGUCAUAAAAGGGUCCCUUUUUCUAUUGGAACCUUCAUAAAUCUUGGGCCAAAGUUAUGAUAGACAAUUGUUCCCAAAGGUGCUCUGUGAUAAACUGACCCACUUCAUGCUCCCAUGGCUGCACUCAGUUAGAAUUGUAACACCACUGAACUUAUUCUGCAAUUGUGACCAGAAACCAUAAUUUGAAAACAGCCUUCUACCACAACCUUUGAUGUUAUUUUUCCAUAUAAGCUAUAGUCCUAAAUCUAAAUAUACCUCUCCACCUCUUUCCCUUAACCACGUAUUUAAUCUUCUCUUACAUGUUGUUGUAGCCUCAAUAAAUGUAAGGUGUUCACCUUUGUCACUAAAAUUAAGACCAUGCAUUCAGCUUCCUCUGCUGUUUCACUCCUAUUAACCCCAUCAAGGCAAAGGGUCCCCUACACACAAUCUGAACUUGCACCUUUGUCUCCUCUGUGUCCCCUCAUGCCCUCUCUGAGCUCACCUUGUCCAUGAACCCUUGAUCAUAUGCCCACCACACUGCUGACUAUCUCUACUGAUAUGAUUGCAGUUCUCUCUCCUGAAAAGAUUCUUCCCUCCAUAUUGGCCAUUUUUAAAUCUCUCAGAAUCAUCCAUUUUCAAAAGGCUCACCCUUAACCUGUCUAUCCAUACUCAUUGCUGACCACCUCCAGCUCCCUUGCCUGGCUGAAGCCUUUUUAAUGUUGUAUGGCUUACCAGGCUCUCCCAAAGUCACAGUGGUAGCUGGUAGGCAUUUGCUAUGAGAGCUGAGCCUUGCAAAGUUGGCCCUUAAGUACUUAGUGACUUCUUCCAGCUAUGCAACAAUAUUCUCCUGAUUAAUCCCUCAGUGACGUUCAGAUUCUGCCUUGCGCCGUUCACCAGUUGUGAUGCUAACUAGCCUCUGACCUCCACCACCUGGGAGGACAAGGACAGCGGACCCAUGGGAACACCACCACCUGCAAGUCAACACAUUCGACUUAGAUGUACAUCACCUUCAUCGCUUAUUGGGUCGACAUUGUGGUACUCACUACAUAUCAGCACUGUGGAUGCAGCGCCACCACAUGGACUGCAGCGACUCAAGAAGGUGAUGCACCAGCGAAUACCGACGGCCAUCCAGGAUGGGCAAUUAACGCCAAUAACAUUCGCAUCCCAAAAAUUGGUAACACAAACCACUGAAGGAGCUUUUGACUUAAGAGGCCAAGUUAACAGCCAGCAUCAGAACAUUUAAGAUGCUUGAUCCUGGGGAAAAAAAACAUUGAGUCGAGCCUUGACUUUUUCCAAGUUGAUUACCUACAGCAUAAGGAGCAGUAAUUUGUACCGGCUUCCGCUUAGAUUUUAUCUGUUCCCUUGAAGUAAAAAUUGCCAAGUAUUUAAAAUUUAAUUAAACCAAAGGAUGCGGUGACCAGUCUGUGUGAAUUGAGAAACUGGUUUAAUUCUGACCUAAUUGCGUAUCCUGUUAUUAUUUGUGUUCCACAUAAGAAAUUCUAGAAGUGCUCCAAGUAAAUAAACACUGCGUCCCUGCACUCUCCAUCUGGGGCCUUCCACACGCCGCAAUGAAGCAUUAGGAAAUCUAGGACAACUAAUUCCAGUGCAUCACAAUUCUCAGGACUGGGUUCACCUCCUGCAAGCCGCAGCCAAUUGCAACGCCAUCUGUGCAAAUGAAAACCUACGAUCGCCAGCCUGCUCGGUCCUGCAUUCCACAUUCUGCGUCAGUGUCAUAUUGACUUUUAGGGAAAAAAAGACUUUUGUGUCUCCAAGACUGGAGUUGAACUGUUUUAACAACUGAACCAAAACAGCCACAAAUCGCAGACCCUGGACGAAAAACACCUUUUAAAAUAUCACAAGGAAAUGUUGCUUCUAAUUUUGGGUUUUUACCCGAAUUCAGUUUAGAUUUGACUUUUAUGUUAAUUACAUAUUUAAGUAUUGAUAAAUUGAUCGUAGUUGUGUACUGUUAACUAUCUGUGUCAAGAUUUAAAAAAAAAGAUUGUGUGUGUUUUUGGCUGUUCAACUUUUAUGAACUUGUAAACUGCAAAUGUAAAAAUUCUCUAGCGAAAUAAUGUAAUUUGACAGCAGAUGGCAAUAAAUGAGGUUCCAUUUACUCUGGUAAGAAAUUUUCUAUUGUAUAAAAAUUUCAACCCAACUUUGUUAGAAAACCUCCUUGGCAUAGUAAAAGAAAAGUAAAUAUUUUAUGUUUAAAUUUGAAUUUUUUGUUUGCAUUUUAAGAAUAACCCUGUGCUUGUCGAGUGAUAUUGGCUUCCAGUCUGACAAUACCUCAAUUAUAAAAUUCUCAUUUUUAUUUUCAAAUCCCUCACGUUGCGUUGUGGAUCUCUAUCUUGGUAACAUCCUCCAGUACUACAGCCCACUGUUUCUGGUCUCUUCCACAUCCAUUUCCGUUUAUCUGCUCCGUGCAGCUUUCUCAACCUCAGCUUUAGUGUUUUUUCCCUCCUCAUUUAAGAUGCUCCUUCAAACCUACCUCUUCAACCAAGCUUUUGAGAAUCUGUUCUAAUAUAUCAUGUGGCUUGGUGUCAAAUUUUGUUUGAUAAUACUCCUGGGAGGUGACUGGAUGAUUUAAAACUUUAGAGGUGCUAUAUAAAUGCAAGUUAUUGUUGUUGUAACUUAUGAAGUAUCAAAAUUCUGUCAUAAGUACCAAUUUUUGAUUCAAUAUGUUAGAAUUUGGUUGCAGCAAGACUGGAGGCAAGGACUAUUAGAUGUCAGUGAAUCUGUUAUUAACAACUUAAUUUGCGAUGAUAUAUUUUGAUCCAUGAGCUGUAAUUAAAUAAAGAA